GGCCAGGGCGCCCCCCGCCCCGCGACCCUCAACCCGUGCCCCCUCCACGCGCCGCCGCGCCCGGCUCCCGCCUCCCCUCCCCGGAGUCUCGCCAGCCCCUUCUUGCAGCCGCCUCUGGAGGACCGGGUCCACCGCGGGUCACCAUGCCCAGCAAAACCAAGUACAACCUUGUGGACGAUGGGCACGACCUGCGGAUCCCCUUGCACAACGAGGACGCCUUCCAGCACGGCAUCUGCUUCGAGGCCAAGUACGUAGGAAGCCUGGAUGUGCCGAGGCCCAACAGCAGAGUGGAGAUCGUGGCUGCCAUGCGCCGGAUACGGUAUGAGUUUAAAGCCAAGAAUAUCAAGAAGAAGAAAGUGAGCAUUAUGGUUUCAGUGGAUGGCGUGAAAGUGAUUCUGAAGAAGAAGAAAAAGCUUUUUUUAUUGCAGAAAAAGGAGUGGACGUGGGAUGAGAGCAAGAUGCUGGUGAUGCAGGACCCUAUCUACAGGAUCUUCUACGUCUCUCAUGAUUCCCAAGACUUGAAGAUCUUCAGCUAUAUCGCUCGAGAUGGUGCCAGCAAUAUCUUCAGGUGUAACGUCUUUAAAUCCAAGAAGAAGAGCCAAGCUAUGCGAAUUGUCCGGACGGUGGGGCAGGCCUUCGAGGUCUGCCACAAGCUGAGCCUGCAGCACACGCAGCAGAAUGCAGACGGCCAGGAAGACGGGGAGAGUGAGAGGAACAGCAGCAGCUCAGGCGACCCAGGCCGCCAGCUCACUGGAGCCGAGAGGGCCUCCACGGCCACCGCGGAGGAGACUGACAUCGAUGCAGUAGAGGUCCCGCUCCCAGGGAAUGACAUCCUGGAAUUCAGCCGAGGUGUGACUGACCUUGAUGCCGUAGGGAAGGAAGGAGGCUCUCACACAGACUCCAAGGUUCCGCCCCAUGCCCAGGAGCCCAUACUGACAGCCUCACCCAGGAUGCUCCUUCCCUCUUCUUCCUCGAAGGCCCCGGGCUUGGACACGGGGACGCCACUGUCCACCCACCACCAGAUGCAGCUCCUCCAGCAGCUCCUCCAGCAGCAGCAGCAGCAGACGCAAGUGGCUGUGGCCCAGGUUCACUUGCUGAAGGACCAGCUGGCUGCUGAGGCUGCGGCGCGGCUGGAGGCCCAGGCUCGCGUGCACCAGCUCCUGCUGCAGAACAAGGACAUGCUCCAGCACAUCUCCCUGCUGGUCAAGCAGGUGCAGGAGCUGGAGCUGAAGCUGUCAGGACAGAACGCCAUGGGCUCCCAGGACAGCUUGCUGGAGAUCACCUUCCGCUCCGGAGCCCUGCCCGUGCUGUGUGACCCCACGACCCCUAAGCCGGAGGAGCUGCACUCGCCGCCCCUGGGCGCGGGCUUGGCCGACUUCGCCCACCCGACAGGCAGCCCCUUAGUCGACCACAGCAUGUUUGAGAACUUGAACACAGCCCUCACUCCAAAGCUCCAGGCAAGCCGCUCCUUCCCCCACUUGUCCAGGCUGGUGGCCCCCAGCUCUGCCACCCUGGGGUCUGUGGAGCCUGGCGGGCCGGGACUCUGGGUGGGCAGCAGCCAGCACCUCAAGAACCUGGGCAAAGCCAUGGGGGCGAAGGUUAAUGACUUCCUGCGGAGAAAAGAGCCCUCGAGCCUGGGCACUGUGGGCGGGAUGGAGAUCAACAAGACCGCGGGGGCCCAACUGGCUGGUGGGGCUGAUGUGGAGGACGAAAGGUCAGCCCUGCAAGAAGCGUUCCCUCGGCUGGAUCCUCCGCCUCCCAUAACCAGGAAGCGAACCCCUCGGGCCCUGAAGACCACCCAGGACAUGCUGAUUUCAUCACAGCCUGUCCUAAGCAGUCUGGAGUAUGGGACAGAGCUGUCCCUUGGGCAGCCCCAGGACUCCCCUCCCUCUGCCCAGCCUGUCCCAGCAGACGCUUCACAGCCAGAGGCCACCAUGGAAAUGAGGGAUAGGGGCGAGGCUCUGCCCAAUGGAGAGGUUUCCCUGUCGGUACCCGAUCUAAUCCACAAGGACAGCCAGGACGAAUCCAAGCUAAAGAUGACUGAGUGCAGAAGGGCCUCCUCCCCUGGCCUCAUCGAGAGGAAUGGCCUCAAACUCAGCCUGAGCCCCAUCAGCCUGGCUGAGUCACUGGAGGACAGCAGCCCCCCUCCUCGGGCACGGACCUCCAGCCUUGACAAUGAGGGCCCUCACCCAGACCUGCUGUCCUUUGAGUAGAGCCUCUUCUCUUCCCUGCUAGGCACCCCCUUCCCCUCUGCGUUCUCCUCCACUGUGCACCCUGGCCCUUGCCCCAGCUCCACUGUGUCCUUUGCACAAGGCACCUGCAGAGAGCCGAUUCUCUCACACAGGCUGUUGCAGGGCCAGAAGUCCACGAGUAGUCAUAGUUUGUCUGCAGAAUGGCAAAGGAACUGGGGUGCCGUCCCUGAUCCUCAUUUUCCGUAAGCUCCUCUGGGUGCUGGCUGCAGCCCUUGGAUGUUGGAGCUCCCCUGCUCCUGAGUUGUCCUGGCUUCCCACUGAAUGGCAGGAUCCCCAGCCCUGGAUAGGGUUUUGCAGGGAUUCUCUUUGCCUGUCGCCACAUGCUGGCGGCUCCCCUGCUCUUCUCCCCCCCA